CUUGAUUUAUUGGGGGUAGGACAGCAAAAACGCACGCUAACACGGAGAGAGUAAGCCAGGGGGGGUGGGGGUUUGUAAUUUUUAGGGUUUAAGAUAGGGGAAAGAGAGGAAGUAAAGAAGAUGCUUUACAUUAUAGGGUUGGGUUUGGGUGAUGAGAGGGACAUAACUUUAAGGGGAUUAGAUGCAGUGAAGAAAUGCGAGAAAGUUUAUAUAGAAGCAUACACGUCUCUCCUCUCUUUUGGUCUCUCUGCCCAUGGUCUCUCUAAUCUGGAAAAGCUUUAUGGCAAACCUAUUACAGUUGCCGAUAGAGAGAUGGUGGAAGAGAAGGCAGACAAUAUUCUGACUGAAGCUUGGCAAUCUGAUGUGGCUUUUCUUGUAGUUGGCGACCCUUUUGGAGCUACAACACACACUGAUCUGGUUGUUCGAGCAAAGAAAUUGGGAGUUUCAGUUAAGGUAGUACACAAUGCUUCAGUGAUGAAUGCAAUUGGGAUUUGUGGGCUGCAGCUAUAUCGCUAUGGGGAGACUGUGUCAAUACCUUUCUUCACCGAAUCAUGGAGACCCGACAGCUUCUAUGAGAAGAUCCUGAGAAAUCACAAUCUUGGGUUACAUACUCUCUGCUUAUUAGAUAUACGGGUGAAAGAACCUUCAUUGGAAUCUCUAUGUAGAGGAAAGAAGCAAUAUGAACCACCACGAUAUAUGACCGUAAAUACUGCCAUUGAACAACUCUUAGAGAUUGAGCACACACGUGGUGAAUGUGCAUAUAAUGAAGAUACACAUUGUGUCGGGUUUGCUCGGGUGGCAUGUGAGGAUCAGAUGAUAGUUGCAGGGACAAUGAAGCAACUGUUGGCUGUUGACUUUGGAGCACCUUUGCAUUGCCUUGUCAUAGUAGGGAAGACUCAUCCUGUGGAAGAGGAAAUGCUAGAGUUCUACAAACUAAAGAGGUAAAUUCGAGGAUAAAGUAUAAUGGGAAGCGCACAACUCUUUUCUCAAUUCCACAUUAAAAUCCCAUGUGCACUUAAAGUGUUCAAUUCAAUAUAUACACAUAUGAUGCUUGAGCAAUAUUUUAUGCUUUCUAGGCUGGUGAAAGAAAUAUUCUUCACCUUUUGAGGCUGUGGUUGAAUUUAAAAUAUCUACUACUGGAAUUUCCAAAUUCUAAAUUGCAUCGGACUCUUUCGGUUCCUUUC